UUAUCUAAGCCGACGCGCCAUACAGAAGAUGGUACGUGGAGCGAUCGCCAAGUGGGCCCUACCGAUCGACCGUCAUAAGGGCAUCUACUUAGUAUUGACGGCUGAGGAUGUAGGUGUGGACAGGUUCUGUGUGGGAUCAUGUGGCUACCAUGAGACAUUGGCCAUCUCUAACCACUCUAGAGUAAUGUUUGGGUGGAUUGGAAAUGCAAGGAAACAGUGUGUAGGGGAAUGUGCAUGGCCCUUUGGUGUGGGCCCAUAUGGCCCACCAAGUGCACCCUUGGGUGCACCCAACGGUGAUGUUGGCAUCGACGGCAUGAUCAUAAAUAUCGCUACUAUACUAGCUGGCACUGCGACAAAUCCAUUCAACAAUGGCUACUUCCAGGGUGACCGGCUGGCGCCAUUAGAGGCCGUAACGGCCUGUGCUGGUAUUUUCGGGCCCGGAGCCUAUCCCGGCUACCCCGGGGAGGUGUUAGUGGACCCCAAGAGCAAUGUUAGCUUUAACGCGUAUGGGGUUACAAACAGGAGGUACAUGUUGCCGGCGAUGUGGAGCCCGUCAGUGCGGUCGUGCAGAACCACCAUGGGAUGAUGUGGGCCACCACAGGAUCAGACGGUCGAGAGGAUGGUAUGAACACACUCAAAUGUGUAGGGGGUGCAGUUUAAAUUGCAAAAAUAUUAAAACCCUGUUGUAUUCUUUCCUUGUUAUGUUUUUUUAGUGUAAUCUAGUCAAUGUAGUUUGUUUAUGUUCU